AAUUCAUAGAGUGGGUCAGUAUAGAAGAUAAAAUUAUAUUUUACUAAUACAUAUGUGAUUUUAUUUAUUUAUUCUUUUUGUCAAUUUGUCAACAAGGUUUAGAUACUACACUAUACUAUACCAUACUAUACUAACCAUUCCAUACUGUACUAUACCACACUGUACUACACCAUACUAUAUAUACCAUACUAACCGUACUAUACUAUACUCAUCAUUCAAUAAUAUAACUAUACAGACUACAUUAAACUUACAAAAGUUCAUUUAACAUUUCAUUACAUAAUUAAUAAAACAUUAUAAUCCCGUAACCAAUCAAACAAAAAAAUUGAUUAAUGAACAUUACUUUUCGUUGAUUAUUCAUUAUUGGCGAUCAAUUUGUGUGUGUGUGUGCGUGAAAAUAAACAUAAACAUAUCGAUUAUUUGUUUAUUUAUUUAUUUUUUUGUUUAUAUAUGUGUGUGUGCAGUUAACAAUCAUCUUUUGUAGUAGUUGUCGUUGUUGCUUGUGAAUUCUUUGGAUAAAAAUAUUACAUCAUUAAAAGAAAUAAAAAUCUUUGGAAGAAAUUGAUUGUUUUAUUAAAUCAAAAUUAUGGGAAAUUUUGUUGGACCAAGAAAAAAGUUAUCAAGAGAAGAUUUAACAUUUCUUAAAGAGAAUACACAUUUUACUAAACGACAAAUUAAACAAUGGUAUAAUGGAUUUAUACGUGAUUGUCCAUCAGGUCAAUUAAGUAAAAAGAAAUUUAUUGAAGUUUAUUCUGGAUUUUUCCCUGAUGGUAAUGCGGAAAAAUUUUGUACACAUGUAUUUCGUACAUUCGAUAAAGAUAAUUCUGGUCGAAUUGAUUUUAAAGAAUUUUUAUUAGCUAUUAAUAUAACAUCAGGUGGUGAUCCAGAAGAGAAAUUAGAAUGGGCUUAUCAAAUGUAUGAUAUUGAUGGUAAUGGUACUAUAGAACGAACUGAAAUGGUUGAAAUUAUUCGAGCUAUUUAUUCAAUGCUUGGUACAGAUAAUACAGCUGUGGAUAUUAGUCCAGAAGCUAGAGCUGAAGAAAUAUUUGAAAAAAUGGAUGAAAAUGGUGAUGGUGUAUUAACACGUGAAGAAUUUAUGAAAGGAUGUAUGGAAGAUAGUCAACUUAAAGCUAUGCUAUUAGCUGAUGAUCCAAUUGAAUAAAAAAAGAAAAGAAGAACAAUCAUUAUAUAAAUAAUCAACAAUAACACAUCAAACAAUGAAUCAUCUGUAAACAAACAAGCAAACAAACAAAGAAUUCUAUAACUAACCAUUUCUCUUUAGCAUCAUCAUCAUCAUUAUCAUCAU